CUGUGUCGGCGGCUAUGCGGAAGUUCAUCGGACAGCCGGAGAUCUCACGCGCUGAGGCCGUCAAGAAGGUGUGGGACUACAUCAAGCUCCACCAGCUCCAGAACCCAUCAAACAAGAAGGAGAUAAUCUGUGAUGAGAAGCUGAAGAUAAUAUUCGAAGGAAAGGACAGAAUAGGAAUGAUGGAAAUUGCAAAGUUGCUCUCUCCCCACUUCCUGAAAUCCAAAUGAUCCCCCAUAGAAUUUAACUUGGCUAUUUUUAGGCGACUAAACUCUUUGCCUUUUACAUGCAGCAAAGGAAGACCGGCUCUUGAUUUAGAUUAGGCAUAGUUUAAAUUUACAGCCAUUCAAUGCCAAUUUGGUUUUUUUACAUGUUUUGUACAAAUUCUGAUGUGACUUCUUUCUGUAUUUUGCUUGGUUUUGGAAGCACAAACUUCAUGGUUUGAACUUGUUUU